AUGUUAUCUUUGACUGCACACGACAUACCAUGGGCUGCAGGCGCUGCCCUACUCGCUUGGGCUGCCUAUAAGAUUGGACGUAUCCUACUGCUGCCUUACACGUCUCCCCUACGUGGCCUUCCUGGUCCUCCGGCAUCAAGCUGGCUAUUCGGGAAUGUUAAUGAACUCAUGGGCACUGAGGACUUUGCACUGUACAGCGAAUGGCUAGAGAAAUACGGCCCGACCAUGAAACUCAAUAGUUGGUUCAAAAUACCAAAGCUCUUCACAAUUGACACACGAGCUAUGAACUAUGUCCUCAGCCACUCACAGGAAUACCCGAAACCGGAGCGCUCACGCCAUAACCUUGUUCAGAUCCUUGGUAAUGGCCUUGUGGUUGCAGAAGGGGAGCUUCAUCGUCGAGAACGAAGGAUCAUGAAUCCUGCAUUUGGCCCGGCGCAGAUCAGAGAGUUGACGGAGAUCUUUGUCGAGAAAUCUCAGCAGUUACGAGACAUCUGGUGGAAUGAUGUCGCUAUGCGUGGCGGUUCCGCGCGGAUCGAUAUUCAAAGCGGACUGACGAAAAUGACACUGGACGUGAUUGGUCUUGCAGGCUUCAACUACGAAUUUAACGCACUCAAUCCCGACGGAAAACCCAACGAGCUCAAUGCUGCCUUCGAAGUGAUGUUCGAGUACCUGUCUAACCUCAGAAAAAGCUACUGGCUCAUCAUCCGGUCUCGCUUUCCGAUUCUGCGUUGUAUCCCCGAUGGCUAUUCCAGGCGCACUGCGGCCGCUCAUAAAGUCACCCGGCGAAUCGGACUGCAGCUCAUGGCAGAGAAGAAGGCUGCUUUGAAACAAAUGGCUCAAUCAGGCGAGAAGACCGCCGGGACUGCAUUGAAGAGCCGCGACUUGCUUACGCUGCUCAUCAAGGCGAAUACAAGCCCCGAUAUCCCGGAGGACCAGCGGCUUUCUGAUGAAGAUGUCUUAGCCCAGGUACCAACAUUCCUCGUUGCUGGGCAUGAGACGACUAGCAAUGCGACAACGUGGUGCUUAUAUGCACUCGCACAGAGGCUGGAUGUCCAACGCAAGCUGCGCGAGGAACUUUGGGAGGUUCCAGUGGAUAACCCUUCAAUGGACCAGCUGAAUGCACUUCCGUAUCUCGACGCGGUGAUUCGUGAGACCAUGCGUCUCUAUCCACCUGUCGUGGCGGGCAUCCGCAUCGCGAGCAAGGAUGAUGAGAUCCCCCUGGCCGUGCCGUACAUGGAUGCACAUGGACGCAUGCAUGACACUGUUCGAAUUGAUAAGGGCACAACGUUCCCUAUUCCGAUUCUGGGCGUGAACAUGUCGAAGGCACUCUGGGGAGAGGAUGCGCGGGAGUUUAAACCGGAGCGGUGGGAAUCCGUCCCCGAGGCCGUGCAGCAAAUCCCGGGCGUGUGGAGCAACCUAAUGACCUUCAUAGGCGGCCCACGCGCGUGCAUCGGGUACCGCUUCUCGCUCGUUGAAAUGAAGGCACUUAUAUUCACACUGGUGCGCGCGUUCGAGUUCGAGAUGGCAGUCCCCAUCGAGGAUAUCACCAGAAAGAUUGGACUUGUUCAGCGGCCGUUUGUGCGCAGCGAGAUGGAGAAGGGUACACAGAUGCCGUUGAUUGUCAAGCAACACGUGCGAUUAUAA